ACGUGAACCACUGGCUCUUGUCAACCUCAAAAAGAAAAAUGAAGAAACUGGGGAAGAAGAACUUACCUCUCGCUUAGGUCACUGCAAAGCAAAAGCCACCAGGCACAUAUUCCUCAUCCGUCACUCUCAGUAUAAUUUGGAUGGCCGGGCUGAUAAGGACAGAACUCUGACCCCACUCGGUCGAGAGCAGGCUGAACUGACUGGACACAGACUGGCAAGUUUGGGAUUAAAAUUUGAUCAGAUUAUCCACUCCUCCAUGACAAGAGCAACUGAAACAACUGAAAUUAUAAGCAAGCAUCUCCCAGGAGUAAAAAAAAUUAGUACUGAUCUGCUGAGAGAGGGAGCACCUAUAGAACCAGACCCUCCAGUCUCUCACUGGAAACCAGAAGCUGUGCAGUAUUACGAGGACGGCGCUCGCAUCGAGGCGGCGUUCCGGAACUUCAUCCAC